UUAAGGCAGCAUCCUGAGAAACAAGGAAGCGAAAAUGAAAUUGAGUUUCGCAUUACAGUGAAGACCAUGAGCAGACUUCCGUGAUCCUCAUACAACGCCCUCUAGGUCCUCAGACGUCAAACAAACAUUUUCGGGAGGGGAUUUCCACAGACCAGUUUCCUUUACUUGUUUUGCUUUCGAUCUGAAGAACAGAAAUAGGCUCAUUUAAGUUUUCGUUUUGCUAUUGGAAUUCACAUAUUUAACGAAAACUUCUGAGGACUAACGAGACCAACGGUGCCUUAUCGGGGAUAUUUCAUAAGACCAAAAUGCCAGUGGAAAGAAUGCGGAUGAGACCAUGGCUCGAAGAACAAAUCAACUCAUGCAAAAUCCCAGGGCUCAGAUGGGUUAACAAAGAAAAGAGGAUAUUUCAGAUCCCCUGGAUGCAUGCAGCACGCCAUGGCUGGGACGUGGAGAAAGACGCUCCGCUCUUCAAGAACUGGGCUAUUCACACAGGGAAAUAUCAACCAGGGUUGGACAAGCCGGACCCAAAGACAUGGAAGGCGAACUUUCGCUGUGCCAUGAACUCUCUGCCCGAUAUCGAGGAGGUGAAGGAUAAGAGCAUCAAGAAAGGAACAAACGCCUUCAGGGUUUAUAAAAUGCUCUCCCCGUCAGAGCGACAAUCAAAGAGAGGCAAAAAAAGAAGUGAAAAAGAAGAGAAGGUAAAGAUGGAGCCCUGUUCACCUGCCUGGGACAGCAGCAACAGCUUCUCCUACAGGCCAAUGCACGUAAAAGAAGAAGUGCCACAAGAUUAUGCGACCCCACCAAUGAGCCACAGUCCUGAGGAGGACCACCUGAUCAUCAGCGACUUGCCAGACGUGUGUCAGACCAUCGAGGUCAUCACGGAGAACGAGGAGCAGUCGGUCACCUCCAGCCACCCCUACCCACUGCAGAUCUCCCCUGUCUCCACCUACGGAGACAGCGACACAGACAGUGUGCACAGUGAGGAGGACAGUAAAGAGGCGUUAUGGCACCCUCUCCACAAGGUUCCGAUGAGGAAGCCCACCAUCUCUCUGCCUGGCAUGGCUACGUUCGUCUCAUCGAGCAAGACGCCCUUCUCAGUGACCAUUAGCCAAGAUCCGUUGCCACUGGUCUCAACAGGGGUGGGCCCCUGGCUCAUCCCCGCCUCCCAGCCCAGCGCCAUGCCAGGCCCCUCGGGGCUGGCGUCCACAUCCGUCCACGAGACACGUGCCAGCGUCAUCAUGAAGACCUCCGACGUGUCCAAAUCCGUCAAGAGCUGCUGAAGAAACCUUUGCUCUUUUUUUUAAAAACAAACAAACAAAAAUAACAUUACAUAGGACCAGAGGGGCAGUUAUGACCACCCACCCACCCCACUCUCCCAGGAGCACAGGACAUGUGGUGGGGUGCUGGUUUCCUUAGGAAAUUAUGAUCUAAUGAACUCCCUGAGUUGGGCAGACUUUGCCAGGUCAUAUAUGAUCACAAGCACUGGCUGUAUAUGAGACUAUAGAAGAUGGUGAUGAAAUGCAAGAAUGGGGGAAUAUGGGUGUGUGACUCUACUGCAGAGAGGAAUGCUGUGCCUCAAAAGCAGCCAGACUCAGGUGAGGUUUCUGGUUGGAUUGUGAAUAUGUACAUAACCUAUGUGACGUCUGCAUAAUUGUGAGCAGCUUCUGCACCUUAUAUACGAGCAUUUAAACGGGUGAAUCUGUGGCCUAUCUGGGGAUUGUGCAAAACGUUAUCCUCUCGAUGGGGAUACCCCUCUGAUGACAGUCACAAAAACAAAAAAACAAUUAGUGAUUGCCUCAGUGUGGGUGUCAAAGAAAAAAAAAACUAAAUGCACUCAAUCUAAAUUAAUUUAUCUUGGAAGUUUAGGUUAAGCCAUUAUAUUUUUGUAUUAAAGGGAAUAUUCUGCUUUGUAUUGCUUCAUUCCCACAGCCCCCAGUGGUUAAAUACUGUUAUAUUUUUUGUUAUUAUUUUAUAAAAUGAUACCUGGCAAUUUAAGUUCUCUACUGUUUGUAUGUGUGUGUGAGAAUGUGGCUAUUGCUUAUUUGUGCCAAUAUGUUUUUGUUUGUUCAUUUGUGUUGUUUGUGUCUAUAUAUUUGUUAAAUGAUGUGAAGACAUGUCUGUACAUGUAGCCAUGUGCGUUCAUGAGCCACUUUAAAUCCUGUGGAUCACCUGUUCUACAAAUCUUAAUGGAAGAUUUCUUUUAAAUUUUGGAUGUACCAUGUUAUUCUCUUUGUAAUAAAUGUCAAACACUG